GGCUCAUUCCUCGCUCAAGUCGCGUGAAAGUUGGACGGCAGUCGGCGCAAAGAAAGCAAACCAGCAGCAACCUUCAGAAGAAAGCAAUUCAUUCACUUCGGUUUCAAUUCUGUUUUUAUCGUCAGCCAGCGAGAAAGAACAAACAAAAUAACUCGAAACGCAGCGAACUGGUCCGCUUUGACCCACAUACGAGCGGAGCCCGCUAGAAUUUCGAGGGCAGAGUGAAAUUUAUAUACACUACCGACCAAACACCCGACAGCAACAGCAACAACAACAACAAUGUGCCACAAAUUUGGAAUAGUAUUGCUGCUGUCCACAGUGGGCGCCAUUUGGGCCCAGCAACAGCCCUACUAUCUGCAGCAAUGCCCACGCGACGAGGCAGUUAUCAAUGAGUGUCUACGUGACAGCGGCAACAAAUUGGUGCAUUAUCUACAGAAGGGCAUACCCGAAUUGGAUAUUUACGAGAUUGAGCCCGUGAUUAUCGAUGAGAUUGGCAUUGUGCUGGGCAGCGGCCCGGAUGGCUAUCGUGCACUCUUCCGCAAUAUCCAAGCCUUUGGCGUUAGCAAUAUAACUGUUACAAAUGUCCGCUCCGACUUGGAUUCGCUGCAGUUCCAGCUGACAUGUGAAAUACCCCGCAUACGCGUCAAGGCUCAAUAUCGAUCCACAGGUGUUCUGAUCUUGGUAAAGGCCUCCGGUGCUGGCGACUACUGGGGCGAAUACGAGGGUGUCAAGGCCAAGAUCUACUUCAAGGCUUUGGCCAAUGAGGCCGCCGAUGGACGCACAUAUCUGACCACCGACUCGGUCAAAAUGGACUUCAAUGUCAAGGAAAUACAGAUGGGCGUAGAUAACAUUGCCAACGGCAACACAGUUAUACAGGCCGCUCUCAAUCUGUUCAUCAACUCGAACUCCCAGGAGCUGCUCAAGGAAAUGAAGCCGGCGCUUCGCACCAAGCUGACUCUCGUCAUACGCAACUUUAUGGAUCGCCUGUUCGCUAAAAUACCGCUAGAUGAAUGGAUCAAUUUAAAUUAGUUAGUUCUUUUCAAUUUAGCGUCCGAAGAGUACUAUAUAAUAGCUAAGCAUUAAUUUAUUGCACACAAACUCACCCAAGAAAAAAAUAAACGAUCUAAUAAACAACUAUACGAAAUAUA